AUUAUUUUGACCACAGUUGUUUUGAGGGUCUAUAAGGUGUAAUUAACAUAAAGAUUAGCGUGAUUCAAAUAAUAAUCAAAUUCUAGAAAACUUGGCCUGAAGCCUCUGAACUUACUUUCCGCUUCUUCCAGUUCUGGAACUUUCCACUACUUUGAUUAGUCCUGCAAACUGUGUCAUCCAUGGCCAUGGCUAAUGCAAGAAUUUCUCACUUCCUUUUGUGGUUUAAAUAUCCUUCUUCUUUGUCUUUCUUCAUUCGAAAAACCAAUUUCUCACUUCCAAUCUUCCUUGCCUCAUCUUCAGCUGGUAUACCUACAACAACCCAUAAUAGAUUUGCAACAUUAUCAUCACAAUUCUCCUCCUCUUCCCAUCCCCCAAACCAUACCCAAAAAAUCAACACCAAGGUCAAUUUUUCCCUCUCAGACUCAGACUCUGAAGAUGAAGAAGAAGAAGAACAAGUUUCCAAACAAGAAUUGGACAAAUCCAAACUCCCUCCUCCUUAUGAUCCCUUUAACAAAAAACCAGUUAUUGAAGAACCCCAAGACCCCAAAAACCUGCAACAAGUGUUCCACAACAUGCGAGGCGAUGGCCUAAUCAACAACGCCGUCAAGAUGUUUGAUGCAUUGUCAAAAGAUGGACUAACCCAUGAAGCGCUGGAGCUUUUUUCUCAGUUUAAAGACAAGGGUCAAAUGCCAGACGUGGUUGCUCAUACAGCUGUUAUUGAAGCUUAUGCCAAUGCGGGUCAGUGUAAAGAAGCUCUCAAAAGUUUUAUGCGGAUGUUGGCAUCUGGGGUUGCACCCAAUGCUUACACUUACACUGUUCUCAUUAAAGGCCUUGCUACUGUUGAUGCUAAACAUCUUGGUGAUGCAAAGAAGUAUCUGAUGGAGAUGAUAGGGAAAGGGAUGAGGCCUAAUGCAGGUACUUACACGGUGGUUUUGGAGGCAUUUGCGAGGAUGGAUAAGGUGGAUGAGGCCAAGGAAUUUUUGGGGCAGAUGAAGGAGAAGGGAUUUGUGCCUGAUGAGAAGGAUGUGAAAGAGGUUUUUAGCAGUAAGAGGGGACCGGUAUUUAGAAGUGUUAUGAGUAUUCUCUUUGAUAAAUGAUUGGAGUUUGAUUUUGAAAUUUUCUUGGUACAGUUUCUGUGCUAGGCUCUGGAAUUGCUGCAUUUUAUUUUCUUGUCUUUCAAUGUUCGUUGCGACGUGAAAGAGAGAACUUUGGUUUUGUUGUUGAGCUAAAUCCUAGUUUUGUUAUGUUUAUGUUAGAAAAUUUAGAUGAUCAAAAAAAAAAUAAAGUUAAAAAUGCAAGAUGGCUUUGAGUAUUAUUUAGUAUGUUUCCAGGAUAUAAUAAACUUCGUAACUCCUAACACUUCAUCAUUUCAAGUAGAAUAAUGAAAGUGGUUUUAGAGAAAAUUUCAUCAUAACUUAAUUAGAAUAGUGAUAAUGGUUUUAUGGAAAAGUUUAUU